UUUGUUCGUACAGCGAAUUUGGUACUUUACAUUGAUAUGACGAACGUAAAACCGGGCGAAAAUCAAAUUCUGUUCGUUGCCGAUGAUUUUGAAGGGCCCAACGAAGAUGAUAUUUCCGAAUUCAAUCGAAAUCAAUAUUCAGAUGGAAUAAGACGUAUUAUUGAAACGCAUGACACAAAGUGGAUUCCAUAUAAACCGGGGACAAGUCAAAAUCCAAAUCCAUUUGACACUGAUGAUCACAAAAUAUCAUCGAUAGAACGAAUUUGAUGCUGCGUCAUCUGAACCAAAUAAAUGUAGUGUAGAUUCAAAUAGAAAGAGCGGAAGAGGGAGAUGGAUAGAUAGAGCAAGAGAGAGAGAGAGAGAGAUAGAGAGCACAUUUCAAAUAUCAACGCACCUAGACACAUAGCACCGGAUUUACGGUGAAAUGUUUUUCAAAAAUGUUCUCACCAUACAAAACUACAUGCUGUUUUCAACGUAUAUCAAAUACAUCUCAUACAUCGUAGACAUGUCGCUCAUUUUACGCGAAACACUUAUCUGUCGGGUGCAGAGAAAUGUCUGUCAACUUAUUAUGGAAGCUAGCACAUCAAAGUGUCAAAGAUUAUCGCCACUCGCAUACGGACACACACUCAUGCAGUAAGCAAAGUCGUAAUAUAAAUGAAUGUACAUUUGUACACGAAAACGACACGACACCGAAUGGCAAGUGUUCUCGUUAUUCUUUUUCCUUGUUGAAAAAAAUAGAAAUAAAUAAAUAUUCCGAAAUGUUGUUUUAAAUUAAGCCAAAACCUCAUAACGUUCAUAAUAAUUUGUUGGUGUUCACAUGUUCGAAAGAAGUAAAUAAACCAAAAGUGACAAUGAUGGUGUUAUUCAAAAUAUUGUUGGUUUUUUGUGUGAUAUUUAUAUUGAAUUGGCAAUGUGUUGAUAGUGGCCGAGGUCGAGGCUCUUCACGUGGCCGAAUCACGUACCGAACGAAUAAGGGUUCAAGUUCAGGCGUUAGCGGUAGCAGUGGCGGUGGAUGGUGGAGCUGGCUUCGAGGUGGUAGUAGUAAAGGUAAUGCGCCAACUACGACGACGACGACGGGAGCCAGAGGUGCCUCACCGCCAAGUCUAAGCCACAAAGUCUCAGCACAAUCACCCAGUCGUGUCGGUUUUGCCGCAUACGGUAACAAUUAUGAAGCAAAUUUUCACCAUAGCCAAACGAACCACUUUCGGCCGGUGUCGCAUCCAUAUCAAAGCCAUUUUCAACCCCAAACAACAGCUGUAUUUGCAUACCAUUUCAUGCCUAGCACGCACGUUCAUCACAUACACCAUUAUGUCGGCAGCAGUGGCAGCAGCAGCAGCAGCCACGAACCAGUUUUUUACGACUACCGCAAUUCGUCAUUAUCGUCAACACCUUCGGUGAAGGAACCGAUUAUUUACAACUACAAGCCACCAAUACAAAAUGAAUCAUCGUCAGAGGAAGAUGAACCGAAUAUGUAUUCACCGGCCAAUCCGAAUGAUGUAUUCAUAGCUGGCGUCGAAAAUAUGCUCCUUUAUGGUAGCAUGAAAGACAAUCAGCAUCAAGUAUUGUUUAUUGCACAGGGCAGUGACGGUAUCUCAUUUGAGGAUGAGCUGAUGUUGAAACUCGAUCAUUUUGAGCCCAGUGAAAAUGCAAAUCUACAUUAUUUUCCUGAUGUUGAAUUUCGCUUCGACGCUGAAGAUGAACCAAACGAUGACGAUUUACAAAACAUCUAUCAAAUGUACAAAAAUCUCGUUGAUGAUGGCCGUUGCUAGGAUUUGGACCGUGCAUACAAGCCAUUUGGAUUGCAUUCAAAGCCGUUAACAAUUUUUUUGCAUGUGUUGGGAGAAAAUAAUUAUGUAAUCGAAUCGAAGAGAAACAAAAAUACAAAUGAAUUAUACAAACGAA